AGCAACUUAAAGGAUCCCCAAACUUUACUGGAGCACACAAGCUAAAGACAUUGUCAUUCUCUUAUUGUUCAAAAUUGGUUGAAUUGUCACAAUCAAUUGGAGAUUUAGAAAGUCUCGUUGAGUUAAAUAUGAGAGGUUGCAUGAAUCUUAGAGCACUUCCCAAUAGUAUUUGCAACUUGAAGUCGCUUAAGUGUCUUGUUUUGAUUAGUUGCUCCAAGAUUAAAAAAUUGCCUACUAACUUGGGAAAAUUAGAGCAACUAGGUGUGCUUAAUGCUGCAUGGACAUCAGUCUCACAUGUGCCUUUGUCUUGUGGAUCUUUGAAAUAUCUCUACUAUCUGACACUAGGGCAGCUCGAUUAUAUCUAUGUGGGGUAUGAGCGUAGGAGUGUGGAACCUGUUUCUUCUUUAGAUGCUAAUUUAUGUCUCUUGGAAACUCUACAGGCUCCUUACCAGUCUAUGCAACAUUUAGAUCUUCAAAUAGGGAGUCUAUCAUUCUUGACAUUUCUAAACCUAAGCAAUAGUGACUUCACUACCAUUCCCUUUAACCUUUCUCAUCUUUCUCAGCUAAAAGAGUUAGUUUUGAACAACUGUCAGAACCUUCAACUGAUUAAAGAUCUUCCACCUAGCCUAGGUCAGCUCGUUGCAUGCUAUUGUCCCUUGCUGGAAAAUAUACAAGAUGUAUCAGUGCUAUAUUCGUUGUCUCUUUCUAUCUACAAAAGUUUGAUUAUUGAGCAUCGAUGCAGUUACUCCGAUACCCUGCCCUUUAACCUUUCUCAUCUUUCUCAACUACACAGUCUCCUACUGGAUAACUGCGAGAACCUUCGGGUGAUUCAAGAUCUGCCUUACUCAAGUUUAAAGGAUUUGCGGAUUCGUAACUGCAGUAAUUUGAUUGAAAUUCAAGGCAUGGAGAAUUUUGUUAGUUUACGUUCAAUCGAGAUGGUAGGAUGUAGCGCUCUAGUGAGUAAUUCUUGUCGGGCGAAGUUGUUCAAGGCAUUUUUACAAAACCCAAACCUUCACGGGUUUAAAAUGACGGUUUCAAAAGACAUGGUGGCAGAAGUAGUAGUUGGAUGUUCAUCAUCAAAUUACACAUUGCCAUUGUUUUCGUCCAAAAAAAGGAUACUUAUACUUGUGACGAUUUCAUCAUGUUUGUUUAGAUGUCAUUGUUGUUUCAAAUACAAAACCACAAAGGAGCUUAAUGAGUAUGUGAGCCACAGAGAUCCCAUAUGGAAUACGGUGUUGAAUUGCAUAGUAUAUGAUGAUUUUAUAGAAGCCAAUAAAGUGGAAGAAGUAAAGGUGGUUGUAGAGUUUUAUUCACCACUGAAGCAAGGAGCUGAAGAGAAUUUUGAAAUUGAAACAUGUAUAGUUUAUGAAGAAGAGGAUGAGGUUUACUUCUUUCCUGUGAACCCAAAUAAGCUCAUCAAAUUCCACCCUGACGAUCUUUCUUCAUACAUGUCGGGAGAUGUAUAUCCAGGGGUUAAUAUAACACUCACAAUUAGCUCUCCAACCUCUGAUUCAAAAAUGGAAACAGAGCAGCAGCGCAAUAGGCAAUAUGAAGAAGAAGAAGAAGAUGAAGGAGGGAGUUGGAAGCUUUUAUGUGGAUGUUUUGGCUGCUUUUUUUGACAGACAAUUGGCUGGGGUCAUGAAACUGAAUAACAUUUAACAUAUUUGAGUGUAUAUUGUGCAAUGGAGCUUUAGUUAUAUG